AAUUUUGAGAUAAAGCAAUAUUCCGAUCAAAUAUCAUACAUAUUUGACUAAUCGACCGAGUGCCAACCUUCUCUAUUGUCAUGAUGUUGAUUUUAACCAAAAUUUAACAAAUUUGAGCCGAAGUGCUCCUGAGAUACAACAAACUGCAGGACUCAACAAUACUGUAAGGUUAUGUAAGGGUUAAAAAUUGUUAUUUUUUGUUGUCAAGGAAACGUGAACUCACUCGUUUUCGUUUUUUUGAAGUGAAAAGUUGUUUAUGCAACAAACAUUUUUAUCAAAACUUGAGUGAAGUCAUCAACUUUUCGGAGCAAUGGUUCAGAUCACAGAAGAAUUGGUACGCAAGAAAUCCGAACAUAAUGAAUGUCUCAUCAGCACACUGGAAGAGCUGUCGCUGCAUCAGGAAGACAUUGAGCGCAUCGAACAUUUGCAGAAUUGGUGUCGCGAUCUGAAGAUUUUGCUGCUACAAUCGAACCUCAUUGCCAAAAUAGAGAAUCUGCACAAAUUGAAGAAACUAGAAUACCUAAACUUGGCCAUCAAUAAUAUAGAACGUGUCGAAAAUCUCGAGGCACUCGAGGCGCUCAACAAAUUAGAUCUAACUUUGAAUUUCAUUGGCGAGCUCACAUCGAUCGAGUGCCUGAAGGGCAACUACAAUCUACGCGAGCUCAUACUCACUGGCAAUCCGUGUUGUGACUACCCACACUAUAGAGAUUACGUGAUGGCCACGCUGCCGCAGUUGGAUCGGUUGGAUUGUGAGGAGAUCAAAAUCUCCGAAAAGUUGCAAGCGCAAAAGUCCCUCUCCGUCUAUCGUGCAGUUAUUGUACAGAAGCAAGCUGAUUAUUUCAUGCAACGGGACGAGCAAAAAUUGCGUGUGGCCGAGAAGAGAGCGCAAUUGGAGCGCGAAAUGGCGCAAAUCAACGAUGAAGACAGUCGUUUGAAAAAGUUUUGGGACACCAAAAGUGAACAUUGCCCCGAGACACGCAUGGAUAUUGCCAAAUAUCAUAAAUUGGGACGAGAGAAGAAUAAGACGAAGGAGCAGGAAAAGCCUGUGCGCCGUACAGUAACACUCUUUGCGCCCUGUGGCCGUCCUUACAAUCUUAAUCAACCGAAAUUGCCUUUUAAUUUGAAGGACGAAUGCAAUGAGUACGUACUGGAGCUCGGUGUUUACAAAUAUUUGGACACAUCACAGCUUCAAGUGGACGUCGAGUCGAAUUAUGUGCGGGUUUCCGUGAAAGGGAAAAUUUUCCAAAUGUCAUUCUCGGAGGAGAUCAAUAUCACCGAGGCAAGCGUCAAGCGUUCGCAGAUAACUGGUUAUUUGCUAGUAACCAUGCCAAAGUUGCACGCUAGAGAGAUGCUCACACUGGGACCAAAAAAAUCAGAUAAAAAGGUCGUUAAUGCAAAGCCUCAGGAAAAGAAUGGCAAACUGGAAUUGAAGGCAGCCGUGGAUAUAGAAAAUAUUUGCAGCAAUGAACUUGCAGAUCUGCCCGAGCUCAUCGAUUGAACUAUACAUUACGCUCGCACUUAGUAAAUAAAAACGGUUUAAUAUAUAUAUUUUUUUAAAUAAAAAUCGCAUUUCUUUUAUUUCUUGAAAGGGUAGUACUCAUUUCUAUGUAUGUAUGUAUGUUUGUUUGUUUGUUGGUUUGUAUGAUUUUAUGCUUGUAGAUUCUUACAGUACAGUGAGUAAUUGUGUUCGUACAACUACCGUUAUAUAUAUAUAUUUUAUAUAUAUGUAU